UCUGUCUGGUUCGCAGCACAGCAGAAGCUGUAUCUUCUUUGUUUUCAUUUGCCCUGUAUAUUUAAGGAUCGGAUCAAUGGAAAAUAAACCGACACGCGGAAGAAAGCGACUCAAUGACACUGGAUACAAACAGCGAUUCGCCAAAGACGAUCAGAAGCUGUGAGGAAUAAAGUGUAAGUUAUUUGCUGAGAGGAAACCAGCGUCUGUCAAGAACCCAAAAGCUGGGAGAUUGGGUAACUUAUUUAACAAAAGAUACACUUUUGCGAACGCAUUUCCAAACGCGAAAGCUUGUAUUCAUUGUACUAUUCAUAUUUUGUGUCACGGCAGGUGAUGAUGCGCUUUAAACUUUGUUUACAUGGAUUCUUUACACUGAAACCAAAUUUGAUUUCAGAUUUACUAUUCCCUCAUAUGUUUAGGCAUGUAACACUCGUUUUUUCUGCCUUUUAUUACUGAAUUCAGCACUGGAAAGUCUUGUUUACUAUUGAUGGACUGCCAGUGUUGAUAUUCAUAGCACUGAAGAUGGCAAGAAUGUAUGUAACGUUAAUGGCUUUUGGGAAUGUCCUGUGAUUUGGGAAUGAUGAACAGCGGACCCACUAUCGUCUACGAGUGGCUGAAAACCCUCCAGCUGUGUCAGUAUGUGGAGUCAUUUGUUGACAAUGGUUAUGAUGACCUGGAGGUGUGCAAACAGAUAGGAGACCCUGACCUGGAUGCCAUCGGCAUCUUCACUCCACAUCAUCGGGAAAAGGUUCUCCGGGCCGUGGAGCGACUCCGGGAUGAUGACAAGAAGGUGGCACCAGGACUGUAUUUCACCCUUGAACCACUUCCACAUGACACGUGCCCUCAAAUUAGUGACUGCAAACAGAAAUGCACCAAGUCUUGGGUCAGUUCUACUUGGGACCGGCCCAGGAUCGGACUCUCCAAUGACUUCAAAGCGUUAGAGAACCACAAGGAGCCGGUGGUGUAUCCUAAACUCAAGCUGAAGAUAAUGAUAAGGGAUAAGCUGGUGAAGGAUGGAAUUGACCUGAGCAAAAUGCCCUACUCGUAUAAAGAUGGCUCUCUGGCUAACAUCGAGGAUCUGGCCCAAGAGUAUUCAGAGUAUUACAGCACGUCCUACAGCGAAGUGUGUGACCGAAUGGAGGAGUUACGCAAACGCAGAGUCACUCAAGAAGCAGAGACGGGAAAGGCUGAAUCAACAACAUCCCUUCAGCUGCGGCUGGAAAUCCAGGAGUCGCUGGGUCUGUCUAGCGCCGUGUCCACACCUGAGGUGGAGAGAAGGCAAUCAAUGAACAAGUCCAGCUCUGAAGACGGAUCUGGUUAG